ACACUUCUUCUUCUUCUCCACAGCAAUUAACAUUCUUUUUCUUCUCUCCCUAUUUUUUUUUUUUGGUAAAAUGUUAAUAUUCUCUCUAUUUUUUCACCAUAGUUUUCUAAACUACGAUUUUUUUUUCUUUUUUUUUUCUCCAUCCCAAUUCUCUAGCCCGUCAGAGAUUUCAUCGUCGAGUAACCGUAACUGUUGAUUAUAGAACUCGCUUUCUUCCCACACCCAUCUGAGAAACAAACUGUUGAUUCUAACCCCAUCCACUAUAACUUAGCCAUGACCACAACCAUCUUAAUCCUAAGAUUAGAAGCUCAGAGUAUAAACAAUUAAAUUAUGAAAAAAAUUGCAAUAAUUAUGAAAUCAUUUUUUUCUUAAUUUGAUAUUUUUUUUCCUAAUUGGAACGCUUGUUUGACUGAUUUGGUAGUGUUUUCUCUAUUUAGAAAUUUUGUUUAUGUGAGCUUUACAACUUUUUUUUUACAACCAUUGUUUUGUUUUGCUAGAUUAUAACCAUUGUUUUGAACCCAAAAAGUAAUCUUGCCAACAUAGUGAGAUUUCAUCAAGAUUUGGUUCCCUACCAAAUAGUUUUUGGCUAGUUUAAUACCAUAAAUCACUAUCUUAAUUGGACUCUAAGGAAUUAUUCACAGUUUAAUUUAAAAUGAGUUAGUUUAUAUUUAGGGUUGGAGAUUUUGCAGAAAAUUUUGAAUAGUUCUCAAAAUAUUUUGCUAUUGUGAUUUUUUCAUCAAAAAAAGGAUUUGGUGAUUUAUAAUUUGAAAGAAAUUUUCCCUUAUUAAAUUUAAUAUUAAUAAAAAUUGUUCAAAAUUCCAAAUUAUACCAAAAUUUAGUUUGAAUUAUUUGGUAAGUGUCUUCACGUAAACUUUUAGUGCAUAGAAAUAUAUCUUAUGAAAAUGGUAUUGAUAAAAUUGAACGGGUCUUUCUUUCUUCGUUUGAACAUUCAUAUAUGCCACAGAGACAAGAAAUUCUAAUCAUGGAGGAGAACAAGUUCAGAAGCUGUCCCACACAUACACAAAAAACAAAUUGGAUUAUUUUUCUUAUCUUGAUAUUGCUAUGACCCAAUCUUUGACAUUUUGAACCUUUAAUGUCAUUUUGAAGAUAUGACCCAAUAAGAAAAUAUGGCCCAAUCUUUAAAAUUUUGAACCUUCAAUGUCAUUUUGAAGAAGCAAGCUUUGUCUUUCAGUCUCGAGAUGGAAAUGGAGUGGCAAAUAUAGUAGCAAAGGAAUGACUUUCAUUCUUGAAUUAUGCUUCCUUAGUUGUAUCUAUAGUGUCAAAUUGGGUUAAAACACAAAUACAACAGGACAAUUCUUUGUAAUCUUCUAUUAAAACGGUUGUGAGAGCAAGUUGAUAUCAGAAUUUUGCUAGACUCCAAGAAAAUGAGUGGUAAAACCUGAAAAGGUGUUCCUCCGACAGGGAUUGAAGUCACAUGUCAACUAUAGUUUCAAAUCGAUGAAAUGUAUCUUUCAACACUGUAGUUUUGAUAAUAUUUUCCUAUUAAUAUAAUGACAUUUUGUCUUUUAUUUAUCACUAAUUUUUUAAUCUUAUUACUUUUAUAUUUUAAUUAUUAGUAUUAGUUGGGUCUUAAAUUUUAUAAUCAGAAUUAGGUUUUGGAUUUAUAUAAGUAGUGACACCUUGACUUUGUAUUAUAGAAUACAAAGAGAUCUCAUCUUUUUCAAUUUUUGUUACAACUACAACUGAGGUUAAAAAGAAUUUUGAACAUUAACAAACUAAAUGAGAUACUGUUCAGAAAAAAACAAACUAACGAAAUGAGAUUUUUCGUUUCUACCUUCCGGUACUUUUUUUUUUUGUUGAAAGAGUUUACUGCACUAUUUUUUGUUCUGAACUUAUAAUAUGGUUUCGACCGACUUAUGAGAUUUUUAUCAAUUUGAUUAUUAUUAUGAUCAAAAUACACUACGUGUUCUUCCGAAAAGAGAAAUAUAUAUACUACGUGCUUAUUAAUGAAUUAAUCUAAUUUAUUAAGGUCGUAUACUUUAGACACUGCCUAUUAAAUAAGUUUGCGUUUAACAUGUAAGAAACUAUCCGUCUUGCUGAAUUUGAGCUUUUGGGUUUUAGCCGAGUGUUGUCCACACAAAAAAAAAGGGGUUAUAGCCGGCUUUGUGAUCCUUGAUCCGUAUUUGGUCGGUCCGCAAUGAAAUUUUUUUUUUUGCUAAAAAGGUCGGUCCACAAUGUCCUUAAAUUAAAAAUAAAUUAUUAAUAACUAAAUGUUUUUUCUCUAGCAAAUUAAUAAAUAUACUUCUUUAUAAUGUAUAGUAGAAAAUUUAUAAAUUUCUCUAUAAAUUAGUUAAUAUGAUUCCAAUACAAAUAAAAAUUUAUAAAUAUAUGAUUCCAAUACAAAUAAAAAUUAAUAAUUAAUAUAUAUGUACAUAAAUAUAAUUAUUGCUUAUUUUUAUUCGCAGCUAAAUGCAUCUUUACUUUCUUAAAACAUUUCAAAAUAUUUUGAUGUUAUUUUAUCAUUUCACACAUAAAAAUGCAUCUAUAUUUUAAACAAGCCUGAAAAAAAAUCAAAUCAAUAUUUCAGUAAAGGCACUAAUCCAUUCCAGUAUCAAAAUACUAUUUUCAGCUUAUAUAGGGCUCGAAAUUAAAACAAACUAGAUUAAUAGAUAUGUAGUAUAUGUUGACCAAAAAAGAUACGCAGUAUAUUACUCCAAAGUCGACGUGUCGAUAAAAGAAAUGAAAGUAAGAAGCAGCUUCGGGGGGAAAUGAAUCAUCGAAACAAUUGCAAUACAAAUGGAAUCAAAAAGACGUGCAGAUUAGCGGCAGAUACGGCGAUGCUUUUGCUUCUAUGUUCUCUGUUUCUCUUAAUUAAUAAACAUUGUGUAGUUAUAUAAGUCUGAGUUCAUUAAUUUCACCUUACUGCCAGCUAACAAUCCCGAUGAAUUACUCAUAAAUAAAGUAAUAUACAGCACUUUCAUUUACAUUCAUUCAUUCUGUUUUUAUCACUCUAUAAGAUAAUGAUGUAUAUGAUACAAGAUCCAUACGUUUCCUCGACAUCUAGAUUUUUCUCUAUACUAAAUUAUAAAUUAAUUCGUAAGUUUAAGUGUUGAUCAUGUGCAUUUUUACAGUGGCUAAUCGUAUUUGAUGACAAAUUUUCCACCACUUUAUUACCAAAACACCGAACUGCUAAACUGUUUGCAAUAAAUAACUUAUUGAUAACACCAAGAUUAAUUGUUUAACGUUUGGAGUUUGUUAUAAAUGGUACAGACUCGAUUCAAUUGAUUUAAACUUUUUGAGGUAGAUAUUCUGUUUAUAGUACAAUCAUAUACGAUAAUUGCAAGUAAAAAAAAAAGAAAUUUUAGGAUUUAAUUUCCUUUUAUGUGAAAUUAUGUAAAUAUAUAUAUAUAUAUAUAUAUAUAUGACAACUAAAUUGAGGAGUUCAUACUAAUUAACCCUUAGGAAAUAAUUUAAAAUUAUUUUCAGAAGACAUUUCAAAUUUCAGUUAACCAAAUAUAAGGAAUAAAUUAACCGUGGGGAGUCAUGUUGGUUAGCCAAAAAUGUACUAAGUUUUACUAUAUUAAAAAAUCUCAAAUGGCUUCAAAUAAUUAGAGCGAAAAAAACUUAGUGUCUGUAUAAAAAAGUAUAGUUAAUAGGAGCAAAGAACAUGAGAAGUGUGGUUAAGUAGGACGAAAUCGAAUAAUAAUGGGUGAAAGAAACGCAACAAAGCUAUAUUUAUGUGUGUGUAGAUGUUUUUGUCGUGUGUCUCGACUGCUGAUAUCGGUGUUUACCAAAGGUAAUUGUUUUUAGGUGGAAUAGUUAAAGAAUGGAUGACAAGUAUGCACUCGUUAGGGAUAUAGAGAGUAUUAAUUUUCGUUGUCAAUCUGUUGAUAUGCUUUCUAAACGGGUUUUACCUUUUCUCCCGAUUUUUCAUUGUUUGCCGAUUUAGAUAAAAGCACCCAGUUAAUAGGUUCGUAGCCGAGUAAGACGCAUCCCGUCUGUCGCAACACAUAUUCAUUCACAUUUUCUUUUCAUUUGAAAGAAAAGGGAGACAUUCGGGCCUAUGUUAAAAGGGUCGGAAUAACUCCAAUAUAAGUAAAUAACACACACGUUUAGUUACCCCCAAGACCUAUAUGCGUUUUCGGCAUGCAACCACUCCAAUAUUGCUGUCGAAGUUAAGGACAAUGUACAUAAAAAUUAAAUACAUGUCUAGCUCUAGAUUUAAGAACUAUAACAUUCAUGACUUCAAAGCUUUUAAGUGAUAAGAUUUAAAAAAAAUGAAUUUAAAUAGUGGCUUUGAUUUAAUGCCAGCUUCUUUUUCUAAUCAGUUGUCAAAUUGCAUAAUUUCUUUUUUUAAUCCUUAAAUACGUCACCAGUUUAAAUAUAAUAUUAGACAUAACCACUUAUAUAAACGUUUAUCAUAACAUAACUACACAAGAACAUUGUCUCUCUUUGCUUACCAAUAGAUAAACUUGAAAACCACCCACAAAGAAAACCUAACCAAAACACUCAUCAGAACCUUAUUAGUGUCUAAUGGCACUCCUGAAUGACCAUCCCAACGAGUCUAAUUACAUCGCAAAACAAAACUCCUCCUCAUCCGAAGAUCUCUCAUCACCGGAGAAUUAUGGAUUGGCUUCUAGCAGUAGCACGAUGAAUUCAGAUCAUCAACAAAAUCAUCAAGGGAUUGUGUUUUACCCUUCCGGCGAAUCUAUUGAAAAUCACAACUCUUUGUUAGAUUUCAACGGAUCAUCAUUUCUUAACUUCGACAACAACAAUCAUCAUGAGAGCUUUCCUCAUCCAACCAUAAGUUGCGGUGGUGGCUUCUCUUUUUUGGAAGGAAACAACAUGAGCUACGGCUUCACAAAUUGGAGUCAGCACCAUAUGGAUAUUAUUAGCCCUAGACCUAUUGAAACUCCGGGGAUAAAUCAAGGCCAUAAAGAAUGGUUAUACUCCGAUUCAACUGCUGUGACCACUGGUUCUAGAGAUGAGUCUCUCUCGCCUAAAUCCGCUGGAAACAAACGUUCUUAUACGGGAGAGAGCAUUCAACCACCCUCAAAGAAACCGAGGAGCGGCGCUAACGGGAAAGCCAAGCCUAAGCCAAUAACUCCACCUAAAGAUCCACAAAGCCUAGCAGCCAAGAACCGAAGAGAAAGGAUAAGUGAACGUCUCAAGAUAUUGCAAGAACUUGUGCCCAAUGGCACCAAGGUUGAUCUGGUGACGAUGUUAGAGAAGGCUAUUAGUUAUGUCAAGUUUCUUCAGUUACAAGUUAAGGUACUUGCGACCGAUGAGUUUUGGCCAGCACAAGGAGGAAAAGCUCCAGACAUUUCUCAAGUUAGAGACGCCAUUGAUGCCAUCCUCUCUUCAUCACAAAGAGACAAGAAUUCGACUCCAAUCACCAAUAAAUGAAAGACUCAUAAUAAUGAAUUACUUAACAAUAAUUACGCUGUAAUAAUAUCGGGGAAAACAAUGAUUCUCUCGAUAACUUCCACGUACAAAUCCUAAGAUUAUGUAAUGUUAAUUAUGUGAAAAAACCGAGAAGUUCCUUUUUUUUCUUUCUUAAAAAAAUAACGAAAAGUUCUUAAUGCAUUUAUAUCGAAGGGAAGACAAGAGGCACUGAAAUCACCUUGAUCAGCUCGUACUGGCUACACACGAGGAUGGAAUCUUUAACUAGUACUAAAUUACUAAUAUAUGUAAAUAUGUAUCUUCUCUUUUCUGCAUUUUUGGUAUUUUUAGUAUACGGAAUACAGAUCUUGUAAUGGAAUUUAAAUUCCAAGAAAUGAGUAAUAAAAUUCUCACUUUUGGAUUUUUCUUGGGCCUUCACUUUUAGAGAAUCUAUAUGUUUUGUCACCGUAGUCUAUUUGAAUUUUAACUUAUGUGCCGUUGAACAAAAAAAAAACUUAUGUUCUUUUCGAUCAUGAGCGAAAUGCUAAUCUAUUUCAAGUUUUUUUUUUGACAAAUAAAAAAAAUUGAGAUAGAGAUACUACUAUUAUAAAAUGCACUUCUACUUUUCAAGUUAGAGACAUAGAGAGGGUAUAUAUCUUUUUUUUAACUUAGAUUGGGUAUAUAUUACUUCCACUUUUUCAUCAGCUCCUUGGAUUGUUAAAAGAGCUAAUUUGCUGAAUAUACUAAAAAUGGUGAGAUACCAUAGAAUGGGGGAAAAAUGGUAAUGAUAGGGGGAAAAAAAUUGGAGGGAUAUAGUGUAUGGAGUGCAAAUAUGAGAUAUUUGGUGUGUAGGGAGUACAAAUUCUCUUGUUAAAACAACUGGCACAUUUAACAACACAAUUUUUUGAUAUAUAGACGUAUAUAUACGUAGACUUUGUGUUCAAGAAAAUAUUUUCUAUCAAACUUUCGAUUAAUAUAUUAAAAUGUUUUAUUAAUACUGCGAUAAUAUUUUAAUUUGAUUAUCAAAUAGGGUUAGUGAAUUAUAACCGCAAUCACGAAAUAUAAACUAAUAAUUAUGCAUCUUGUUUCUGAUUUUGCGUUCAAGAUUUUGAAUUAAUUAUGACUAGUUUAAACGCGUAAAUUUCAGAUGCAGAUGUAAAAGUUUGCGAAUGCGAUUCUUAAGUGAUUUAUAAGACUGACAGAAUAAUUAGAAUGGAUGCAUUACAAGAUGCUUAUAAUUACAUCAAUUACCUUUUAAUAAUAAAUUAACAAUAAAUUAACAAUAUUAAUAUAUUAUAUAAUUAGAAAAAUAUCAGAAUAUUAUAUAAUUAUAUUUCUUAAAGAUAAUUUGUUUCAUUUAUAUAUAUGCAUAUAUAUAUAUAUAUAUAUAUAUAUAUAUAUUAAUGACUAAAAACUUUAUAGAAUAUUUUGUUUAAAGUUCUCUAUUAUAAUGUUGGUUUGUGAAUAUAAACCAUAAACCAUAAAAAUUUAUUUAUAUUUUCUAUUUAUAAACUUUCAAUUUUUAUUUUUACUUUUAUCUACUAAUAAUAGCAAUCCCAUUUAAUUUUAAAGGUCGUGAAUUCCACUUAUAUUGAAAACUUGUGUCAUUUCUAAAAGAUGUCAAAAUGGUUGUGUUUUUUUCUAUUGUAAAAGUUCAAUGUCGAAAGGUUGUGUCUUUUCUAAAUUGAAAAGUUGUAUCUUUUCUAAAAGAUGUCAAAAAUGUUGUGUUUUUUCUAAAAGCUCAAUGUUGGAAGGUUAUAUUUUUUUCAAAAAUUCAUAUAAAUAUCUUUUAAAAAGUAAAAAAUUAUGACUAUACUUAUAAAUAUCUUUUGAGAGUAACUACCUUUAAAUUGGAAGAAUGUGACUAUUCAAAUUGAAUAGUUGUGACUAUUCAAAUAGAUUUUGAAAAUCUAUAAAUAGUCUAUGCCAUACAUUUUUCAAAAUAUAAUUUUUACUAAUUGAGCUAAUAAAAUGGUGGGAAAAAAAUUCUAAGAAGUUAGUUGGUUACAAAUUUUUAGAAGAUAUUCAAAUGAAACGUUAUAGACAAAAAAAUAGUAGGAAGAGUUUUAAGUGUUUGGAUAGCUAAAAAUCCAAAACAAAAUAAUGAAAUUAUUAGUCUCAAUUUUCUUAUACUAGAUGAAAAGGUUUGUCUUUUAUACUUACAGAUUUGUUUAUAUCCGUUUCAAAUUAUUGUUGUAUCCUUCUUGUCGUUGGUGCUAUAGUAAUGGAUCCUAAUUAAUGAUGGAGACGAGGAUGAGAGAAGACAAAGAUCAAAUUCUUUUACCAUGAGACUUGCAUUUAAACAGAGACGAAUGAAGUGCAGUAAUCAUUGUUCUUGAAUUAGAUUACGUAACGAAACAUAGUUACGGAAUAUAUAUAUAUAUAUAUAUUUGCAUGAACAAAUAAAUGGAUAAACAAAACAAAUCUGGAUUUUGUUUGUCAUGUUGUUGUUAUUUCUUCCCGCAAAGUAAAAGAUAAAACUCAGUUCAAAAAAAUUGUAAAAGAUAAAAUAACUGUUUGUGUGAUGAAAAGUCACAAUAGUUCACGCAUGUGUCUUUACAUAGAUUAAUGAGAUUAAUUAGUUAAUUACUUAAAAAUAAUAGAUUAGUUAAACGGGUAGUUGUUGCGUGUAGUUGUGUCAUGGAAUCGAAGGGGUGCAUGCAUGGUCUAAAAAAUCUUAAUUUUUUGUUUCUAACGUUCUAACGGCAACAACAGCAAAGUCAAUUACGAAAAUUUUGUUUGUAAUCCAAAAAACAUUUGUUUAUUUUUAAUGCUAAUAUUUACAAACUUCGACAUGUAUCAACUCGUGAACUUGUAAGUUAUUAUGACUACAUAAAAUGAUAAUUUUAUUUUAAAAAUAUUUAUUAUAUUAAAUAAUAUACUCGAACAAUAACAUUGACAAUAAUGCCAAAAACAAUGUAGUAAUGUCAUUUUGAGUGGAAAUCUUGUUGGUCGAGAAUUUAUUAUUCUGUAAAAAUAAAUUCAUAUAACUUUAGUUCUAAUUUGGUUGGUAUAACAAUCAUUGAAAUAAAUAAAUAAAAUUGUUACUGAUAAGGUUAUUGAGAAAUAGUAUUAGUUGAACAAUAUAUUAUAUGUAUUUGUGUGUCUUUUUCAUUUUAAAUAUUUCAUUGCUAUUUUUUGGUUAUUUUCUCAUUUUAAUUAUAUUAUACAUUUUAACAGUCUAUGGAAAGUUAGGAUAUAUCUUUUCUCUUUUGUGAUGUAUAAACUUCUUUGAAAACAAGAACAAGAUGUUUUAUAUAAAUUAUACAAAGUGGCACAUAUUUUUCAAUUAAUAAUUUCAAGAUAAUAACUUAGAACAUGCAUAGAACCUUCAAUGUGUGUGUUUUUUACCAACUGAUUAUAACUUUUAAGUUAUGGGAGAUAUUAUUCACAUAACAAUUGAAUAGCUUAUGAAUAUUUCUUUUCUUAUCCUCAAUUUUAUCUCUAUUUAAAAAAAUUAUUUUAUUUUACAUGAAAAAUGCAUUUGUUUAUUAAAGGAUUUUUUUUCUGUUUAAGAGAUGCAUCCAUUAAGAAUACUAAAAAUAUUUUUAAAGUGUAUCCUUUCAAAAAAGGUAAUAUUUUUAAGUUUAAAUAGUAUUUCAGAUAAAAUAAUAUAUUUAUAUCAACGUAUUUUUAAUUUUUGCUUGAAUAAAUUGAAAUAUGUUUAGACUCUUUUUUAAUUAGUUUCAAGUAUUUAGUUAUUUUUGAGAUUUUAAAUAACUUAGUUAAAUUUAUAUUAAAACAUAUAUAUUAUUUGGUAUUGACGUACUUGUAAUUUUAUUGUAACCAAACCUAUAAACAAAAUAAAGAUUUUUAGUACUAUCAAUAAAGUAAUAUAGAUUCAUGAAAGAUAAUUUUGUAACCCAUGUAUUUCAUUAAAAAAAAUUAAAACAGUUUUAAUAAAAGAUUAUUUUAUAAAAUAUAGCAUCUUUAUUUUUAUAAAAUGAAUUUCCGUGCGAUAUCGCACGGGUUCCUUACCUAGUUAUUUUAAUAAACUAAGUUUUUAUUGUUUAUCUACUUGUAAUCAUCCAUAACCAUAUAAGCGAUAAAGAGAACCAAUAAAAAUAUAUAUAUAAAAAAUAAAGAGAACCAAUUUUUCGUUUUGAGAAGUUUUGAAGUUUUGAACAGUAUAUAAAACGGUUUAUAACGUUUUGUAAUUUUGUAAAAUGCCAACAACCCCCGCAAAACCUAUUUAAUUCUAACUGACCGGACGACAUACUUAAAGCUCUCGAUUUGGCAGCCAAGGUCAACAUGUAGGUUAGGGAUACGUGUUUGAUUAAAUUAUUAACAUUAUUUUUUGAACUGAUAUUUAAAUGCAAGUCCAAAACAUUGUUUAAUUAGUAUACAUGAUUAGCCACAUGGAUAAUCACACUUUAAGCGCUGUACUUGUAUGUAUGUACUUCCGAGCUCCAUCUAGUGAAUAAGACAAACGAACUUAUUGGAAGUCCAAAAUUUAUCUGCUUCUUAGUCAAAAAUAAUUAUAAACAAAAAAAUAUUAUUUUGCGUGUAUCAAUAUUAUAUAUCUAGAAUACAUAUGUAAUUAUGUAUAUUAGCCAAUAUCAUAAAUCAUUUUAUAGAAGAUCUGAAACUAUUAAUUUUAUAAGAAAAUCAUUUAUUAAUUCUGGAUUGAAAACACACAAAGGGGAAAAAGGUAAAAUAUCAACAUCGACUGAUAUUUUAUUAUUUGAAAAAACAUGAUUAACUAUUAAAGAUACCUCUAUAUAUGAAUCAUUUAGUAGCUGAAGGUGCUCUUACAGCUUUAACCUAUCUCAGAUCCACAAUCUUCAUUACCAAUCCUCACUUUAGUCUACAAAACAAAGAAGAAGGAUAAAAUGUAGAUAUACGGCUUAUUGACUUCACACAGCGAGAUCAGAAAAGAAACACUAAUCGACACGAAGAAACAUCAUGAUCAACUUGGAGAAAACAACAAAAUCGACACACUUAAUUUAAUUGGAUAUUCAAGUUACAAAAAAAAAAUAUUAAUUGAUAUUCUUAUCGGUUUAUACAGUGUUAUUGAUUUUCACUGUCAUUGAAAAUAUAAAAAUAUAUUUUUGAUACAAUUUUUUUUUUAAAUAUGCAUCUUUAUAAAACAAAGGGAGUAUUUUUCUAGUUUUUAAUGUCAAACCUUAGUAUUACAAUACAUUUUUGAGAUAAUAGGUUUGAUUGGUACGUAGAGUCUUUCCACAACCCAAUUUCUUUCUGAAUCAUAAAUCUCUAACAAUCAUGCUUUGUAAAAAAAUUUAAAGCUACAUAUUUUUUUCUUUUUCUUUUUUUUUUUACUGUAGAAAGCAAAACUGCUAAAAGAUUUAUAUAUUAGCUAUAUAAAAUUUUACAAGUAAAUCAUUAAAUCUUUUGAAAUCUACAGUCAAUAUUCUACAGUUAAAAUAUUUAUAGUGACAACAAAAAAUCUACAGCUUUAGUUUUACAACAAAAAAAUAGAAAGCUAGAACUCUUUUCAAUCAAACCCAAUAACAUUUUAGCUAUUGAUUGUUGUGUAUUUGGGUCAUCGGGACCAAUUUUAGAUCUCUCAGUUAUAAAUUUGAUUAGAUUAUUUAAAUCGAAUUGAAUACCAUAUUUUUAAAAAAUUAAACACUAAUUGACAAUUAAUAUAUUAACUUAUAUUUUUAUUAUUAAAAAUAUUUUGAAAUAUCUACAUUAUUUAGGAAAUGGUAUUGAAAGUUACUAGACCAUAAUGUUAAGCUAGUCAAUUUUUUUAACGCUGAUUUAUUAUGAUAUUACAAUUAUGAUAUAAGAAAUAUUACAUACACGAUUCGACAACCGACAAUAAUAUCUGCAGUAUGAGGAUCUACGCCUAAUUGCAUCAUCUGAGCUGUCCUAUUAAGAUUCACGCCUGAUCAGAUUUACUUACACCAUGUUGAAGAUCUCUGGUAAGUUUUUCUUCUGUAUUCUGCAUAAUUAUUUAAUAAAUUAUUCUUUCCGGGACUUGAAACCUCAAUUUUCUAUAAUCUGCAAAAAAAUUGCAUAGUUUUGGAUUCGAACCUCAGACAUGAGUGUAGAAUCCUUUAAACCUUAACCAGUUGACUACCCAAAUGCUAAUCAAUUAGGAUAACUAAAAAAAGAUCUUAUAAUAGCCAAACUUUUACUAUUUCCUCAGUUUUUAUGAGAUGACAUUUUAAGAUUAUGUACAAAAACUUAAAACACAUUGAAGUUUUUUCUAAACAAAAAUAUUAUUAUUAUUUUCUAUUUAUAAUUUAUUUAAUAAAAAUGAAGUACAUAAUACACGAAAAUUAAAUUACAUGAAAAUUUAAUAAAUUGUAUACUGAAAAUUAAAUUAGAAUUAAAAAAAUCUCUAACAUGUCAAGUAUUAAAAACAGAAAAUAGUAGUUUUAUAAGAAUACAUUUAAAUUAUCAAUUGAAUGGUUUUGAGGAUAUACUAGAGAAUCCUCCUAGUAGAAUUGUCAACAAAAUCUUGUUUUAGGAAACAAAUUUUAAUGGUUAAUAAACUCUUCUUUAUUGUUUGGAUGUCUCCAUUAGUAAGAACGACUCUCAAAUACUCCAUUCACUUCUUUAUUGUUAAAUUUAAGUAAUUUAUCAAAACGUAAUGAAAUAUGACAAGCUAUAUUGUCAUGACAGUUGCCUAUGAAUGAUUUUGUGAGCCUUAGUUAAACUGGGUUGACUAGAGACAAGUGUUGCAUUAUUGGAGUAAAUAAUCAAAGAAAAAUAAAAUAUCUAUACUUAUUCUUAAAGUUUUACCUAUAAAAUAGAAACAAUAUUUUAUUACCUUAAGAUAUUAUUGAGACAAAAUAUACAAAACAUAUUCACGCUGAUUUGCUGAAUUUUUCUACUCCAUAAUCUCAGUUUCAUCAUCCUAGUUUUAUAUUUACUUCGAAUUUACCAAUAAUACAUGUUUUGUGCGGUAUCAAUCAAUCAUUAUAACAGCAUAGCUGUCAGAUUUAUUUUUCUCUUGCAUCAAUUGAUUCUUUAGUUUAAUUCUCUCUUCAAAAUAGUUUAUCUAAUUUAAAUAACAUUUUUCAAAUAUACUUUAAAAAAUCUCAACAUAUUAGUUUAGAGGUUGAUUUAUUCCUUUAAUAUAGUGUUAUAUUUUUUAUUUGUUAAUUGUUAUGAAAUAAUAUCUUAUGUCUAUUUUUUUUUGUACCUACAAAUUAUAUUUAAAAUAACAUCAAAUUACGUCAUUUCGUUACAAAAGCAUCUUUAUCAAUAAUAUUUUAAAAGGUUUCUUAAAAUAAUAAAUAAAGAAUAAUAAUAUAUAAACUAUUUUUAUAUAUUAUUAUUUGUUUAACUUUUAUAACUUUAUUGAAAUAUUACAGAUAGAGAGAUGUUUUAAGUUUUAAUGUUUUGGCUUUCCAAAAACACGUCAAUUCCCAAUCGAUCAACCUUUUAAAGUCAGCCGUAAAUAUGAUGAUUGUCUAUGUUCUCUACCCUUCCAGCCGUAAAUAUUUAUGUAUGUCACUAUAUGAAAGGGGUUGAAAACUCUACCUCCCCAAGUCGUAUCCUACACAUCGAAUCACAAAAAAAAAGUGUCAUUAAGAGAAUGGCAGACUGUAUAUGGUAUCAUAAAGUGUGUUUAUUUAAUGUAACCGUAUCCUACAUAUCGAAUCACAAAUAAUGUGUCAUUAAGAGAAUGGCAGACUGUAUAUGGUAUCAUAAAGUGUGUUUAUUUAAUGUACAACUAUGAGUCUAUGAUUAAUAAUACAAGAGGAUCCACGUGCACACUGAUUUCAUUAAUAUAACGUGAGGGUCGUAUUCUCUAGUUGGAGACGAGAGCUUGUUUUAAUAUAAUCGGUGUUCCUUUUCAAAAGAAAGAAAACGUGAGGCUCGCAUUAAAAUACUAGUAAAAAUCAGUUUUUCCUUUUCCUAAUCGCGGGUUUUGUUUGUUUUGGGCUUUUCCUAUAUUUUUUGUUUAUUUUAGUGAACGAAAAAUUCCAAGACUGCAGCUUUAUCUUAUCAGCUUGAUGUGGAUUAUUAAGCUUGUUUUUUUAAUGGGGUUAUCAGAUUUUUUGGAGACUUAGUUUAUACGAAUUACAUAUAUUUUAUAACGAAACAACACCAAAACAUGAUUGAAAAUUUCGUUGUUUAUAAACUUUCUAUAUACAGUAUUUGUUGUUCUACGAAGUUAAUGCCUACUCUUAUUAAGAAAAAAAAAAGAAAAACGAAGUUAAUAUCUGUUUCAGUAAAUACAACCAUGUACAAACUCCAAAACAUAAAGGGGACCACUAUGGAUAAUUAGGUGUUGUAUACAAUUAGAUUCACAUGGCUAAUCGCAUAACAAUCAUAGUAUAUGUUAAUAGUCCCGAUUAAUGUGAAUG